AAACGCAACAAAUUUUUGUUUGAACAUCAAAAUGGCUGGGAAUUGCGAGUUGAAUCGCGAUGUUUGCCAGUUGAAGGAGUUGGUGAGGUCACAGGGUAAGCAGCUUGGGCGGCUGGUCAGGCACAUGAAGAUGGGAUGUAAAAAGCCGCCAAGAGAGAGCACUUUAAAGGGUCUGAAUCCCUGCCUGAGAUGCCUCCAGCCCGACGUUCUCUAUCACCUGGGCAUGGACACGGGCUCAAUGAACUUUCCCAAGAUCUUUGGCGAUGUGCGGUUUGUUUGCAUGGGUGGCACGCCCGAACGUAUGGAAAGGUUUGCCCAUAUGAUUAUGAAGGAGCUCAGUCUGAAGCUGCACCCGGCCACAAAACUUAGGAAUAUGGCCGAGGAUGGUCACCGCUUUGCGCUCUACAAAGUGGGCCCAGUGCUGUGUGCCAGUCAUGGCAUGGGAGGCCCGUCGAUUUCCAUACUGCUGCAUGAGCUCCUUAAGAUGAUGCACCAUGCCAAGUGUCAGGAUCCCGUCUUUAUCAGAAUUGGCACCUGCGGUGGCAUCGGCUUAGAGCCCGGAACCGUGGCCAUUACAUCGGAGGCACUGGACGGCAUGCUCCGUCCCUAUCAUGAGACAAUCGUUCAGGGCAAAGUCGUGCAGCAUUCCAGCAAACUAGACCAAUGCUUGACCCAAGAGCUCCUGUCACUGGCCGAUCCUUGCGAGGAUGAGUUUGACACAGUUGUUGGCAAGACCGUCUGCACCAACGACUUCUACGAGGGCCAGACGCGACUCGAUGGCGCCUUUUGCGACUACACGAAUCCCUCGAAGAGCGCCUAUUUACAGGGGCUCCUGGGCCAAGGAGUGAUCAAUUUCGAUAUGGAGAGCACCGCCUUCGCCGCUCUCACAAGCAGAGCAGGUGUACGGUCUGCCGUCGUCUCCAUUACCAUCAUCAAUCGUAUGGAGGGUGAUCAGGUACUUGCCUCUCGGGACCGCCUAAGUGAGUGGGAGAAGCGACCCCAAGAGCUCGUGGCGCGAUACAUUCGCAAAGCAAUGCUCGGACAAGAUGAAGAUAGUGACACCGAUGAGCAGGAGGAUGUUCCUCCUUGCGCGGAAGCAGAUAUAUAGAACUUAGGUCGAGUUAUCAAUUUCUCGCUAUAACCAGCAGCGGCCAUACACGAUCUGCGCUGGCACGUUCAAGUUUUCAGUUCAGUUCAGUUCAGUUCUCUGAGCGCAGUCGACACGUUCGCAACGUUGCCCGGAGCAGUCGGUCGUUCAAGUGUCUUACGUUUGCUCAAGUAGCUGACGAGCCCCUCAAGGAGCUGUCACUGAAAUACUAAAAUACAUAUUCCAUAUAUAUUUGCGAAACUAUAAAAGAUAACAAUCUAUUGA